AUGGGAGAAAGUUUUUGGAAGAGCUCGCACUGGUAAGAAUUUACAUUUUUAGGUUUUUUUGAUUGUUUUAUGUUGUCUAAAAAUGGUAUUUUAAGCAAAGAAUGGAUUCUGGAGCGAGCUGACUUGUGCCGAGACCGCGGGGAAGAUAUGAAGGUGUUUAGUGAAGAAGAAUAUCAGAAAAUUAUGAUUUUUUACUGUAAUUGUAAGUUUAUUUAUUGUUUUUGCUUUUUUGGUCUUUAGGUUUUGGUUUUACUUCAAAUGGAUUGAAAACAGGGUUUUUAUCAUCAGCUAUAUUUAUCCUAACCUAAAAUGUUACAUAAAAUUUUUUUUCAGUAAUUCACGCCAUUGGAACAGAUAACAAAUUGAGACAGCAGAUUAUAGCUACUGCUAUGACGUAUUUCAGAAGGUUUUACGUUAGGUAAUGAUUUGUUUCAAUGUAAAAUACGUAUUGUAUACUGCUUUCUGAUUUAUAUAGCAUAAAAUUUACUAUAAUUUUUUGUUUUUGACGUUAAGAUUUAUUUUUUUUUUGAAUAUUUAUGAUUUUGAAUUAUUUUAGAAGGUCUCUCAAAGAUGUUGAUCCCAUUUUAAUGGCUGCUACGAGUAUAUUUGUGGCUUCGAAGACAGAAGAGUUUAUGAUAUUAAGUACGACACGAAUAUCGAACUAUAUCAACUCUUAUUGUAAGUUAUUUUGUUUUCUAUUUGAUUUCCCCGCACUGAAUGCAGAGAGGUGGUAUGUUGUGACAAAAAAGUGAAGCCGGCAAAAUGAAGCAUUCUAUUUUAUUGUUAAAAAAUUGGUUGAAAUUGAGCGGUGGGGAUUUGAAAAUGAAAAUGUGAAAAACUUUGAAUUUGGAAAUAAAAAAUGAUAGUAAAAUGGUAAAAAUCUUAAGUUUUAAAAAUAGAUGCUUUGCAACGCGCCGAGGGCCGAAGGCCCGAGGCAUUUGCAUUGUAUAAAGUUCGUCCUUUUUUGAGCACGAUGCUAUUUUCUUACAAUGAAGUUAUAGAAUGAUACUGUACUAUUUUAAAAAGUGUGAAGAUGUGCGAGGGCCGUAGGCCCGAGCCCACGAGUUUGAAUAUUAUAAACUGUAUUUAAAUUAACAUACUGAAGACCAGAUAACAUGAUAUUACAAUGUCCAGAUCAAAAGCAAUGUGCGAGGGCCGCAGGCCCGAGCUAAUUUGUAUGAAUGUUAUGAAAUGUAUUGAAUUUAGUAAAAUGAAAAUGAAAUUGCAACGUCCAGAUCAUAGGAGGCCCGUAGGGCCUCCGUUGAUCUGGUUUAGGUUGUAAUUCGAAAUAAGAACAAGUAUUUUUGUUUGUGAGCUUUGAUAUAAUUUUGUAUUGAAGUUUUAGAUAUAUUUCUUAGAUCAAACAAGAAUUUUACGUUUUUGGGUAUUUUAAUGGUCUUUAGACUAAAAUUAAAAUCUUUCUAAGCUUCAGAGCUUUUUUUAACUAAAUCAAUAUCAAAUAUAAUCUUUUUUCAGUACGAAAAUAUUCCACGAAGCCAGAGUUCUGUUUGCGGCCGCAAUAUAUUCACGAAGCCGAGUUUAUGUUGUUACAGAUAAUUGAUUGCUCACUACAUGUUUGGCAUCCGUAUCGAAGUUUAAAAGUUUUAUUUCAAGAUUUAAAAGAGCACUCGAAUAGGCAUAUAGAUGAGCUACAUUCCGAUGUAUGGAUGCUGAUUAAUGAUUCAUAUCGAACUGAUACUGUGUUGUUGUUUCCUCCUUUUGUUAUUGCUCUUGGUAGGUGUUAUGAAUCAUUUUGAUUUGUUUAUAUGAUAUUAUGGGCUUUUAGCUAAAGUUUGGGGGCUUUAAUUGGGUUUAGAAUUGAUCGUUUUAAAGUCUAGUAUAAUAUUCUAUCAUUAUCUUUGUUUUAUCAACAUUUCAUCUCAUUUCAGCUUGUAUAAUGACGGCGGCUAUGUUCCGCAAGAUUGAGAACGACAUCAUCCCAUGGCUGAUACAGUUGAACACGGACUUUGAGAAGGUUCUCGAUUGUCAACGGGUAUUGUUCACCUUCUUCCGCCUCGAGAAGACGUUCAAGGACAAGGAGGUGUUCGAAGAAGUCAUAGUUAGGAUUCCAAAGCCUGAAGCUACGGUUAACAACGAAAGUAACUGA